UCCGAACUCCGAAGGGUUUUAAUUUCAUUCUCAAUUUCUCAUACUCCUUACUAAUUCCUUUCUUCGAAACGACGAUGAUGCAUAACUCAACGGACGAAUCGGAAUGGGAGGUGAGACCUGGUGGUAUGCUCGUCCAACGAAGAGACGACGACGCUGCUCCUUCCGACCAACCUCCUCCUCCUCCCCAGGAUCCCGACUCUGCUUCCGCCGCUUUUUCUCAAACCAUCAGAAUCUGCGUUUCCCAUGGCUCAUCCUCCCACCCCGAUCUUCAUGUUUCUGCUCACGCCACUUUCGGGGAUGUGAAGAAAGCUAUUGUUCAGAAAACUGGAUUGGAAGCUACUGAACUCAAGAUCUUGUUCAGGGGAGUUGAGAGAGACGAUGCUGAACAAUUGCAAGCUGCUGGUGUUAAGGAUGCCUCUAAGCUUGUCCUCGUUGAGGAUCAGAACAAGAGAGUGGAACAACAAGUUGAACAGCCUCCUCUGGUAACUGAAGAGACGAAGAAGGCGAUUGCUGCAAUUCUCGCAGUCACAGAAGAGGUCGAUAAGCUUUCAGAUAGGGUUGUUGCUUUAGAAGUUGCUGUGAAUGGAGGGACUAAAGUUGCAGUAAAGGAGUUUGAUAUGACUGCAGAGCUUCUCAUGAGGCAGUUGCUUAAAUUGGAUGGCAUCAAUGCAGAAGGAGAUGCUAGGUUACAGCGUAAGGCAGAGGUACGUAGGGUGCAAAUAUUGCAGGAGAGUGUGGACAAGCUGAAGGCAAGAUGUUCAAAUCCGUUUGUUGAUCAGAGUAAAGCCGCAGCUGUUAGCACUGAGUGGGAAUCGUACGGAAACGGGGUGGGAAGCUUGAACCCUCCUCCGCCAGCUUCUCCUUCUGCCAGUGUAACUCAAGAUUGACAUUUUAUUAUUGUUACUACGUACUUUGCCAUAAAAGGGAAAAUAAUUGAUCAUUGUUACUGUUUUAUCUUUUUGGUAUUGUUAUAUUGGAAAUUGACCAUAAAAAGAUAUCGGUUUUUAUCUUUUAAUGUCUACAUAAAAUAUGGUAGUAUCA